AUGGAGGUAAGACGAGAAGAAUCGCUGCAAGGACCGGAGGUGACGGAGCCGCGGUGGCCGGGACGGUACGGGAGUGGUCUGUCGAUAUCUCUCCAGGGGGUGGCUGCCGACACCAUCAGCCACCUGGCCACGGAGCUGGGGUCACGGAUUACGCUACUAGUCACAGAUGCACAAAUUACUACUAUUCCAAGUCAACUUCGUGGUGCCAUCAUCAGGGUGGAGCCAGACACUGUCAUCCUUCCGGCCGGAGUCGGUGACAGCGAGCUGACGCAGCUGCGGAGCUCACGGGAGAGUGUGGAGCGGCUGUCAGUCUCCGCCGCCGACCUCCCGCGACUGAGGGAGCAGCUGCCGGAGUGCCUCAGGCGCCUCAAUGUCAGAGGGCCGGAGGUGACGAAGCCGAGGUGGCCGGAACGGUGCCCGUCGGAUGGUCUAUUGUACUGA